AUGGCCAAUAGAUCUAGAGCAUUGGCACUUUCAAGUGGGGCAUUGCUUAAUAUUUACAAUAGGAAUGAAGACAAAGAUGAUGAUGUAUAUCCCCCAAGUAUGACAAAUGAUGGUAUUGAUUUGGAAGAAGGUUCAGGAGAUAAUGAUGAGAUUUUAGGGACUACUGUUGGAGUAAACAAUGAAUUCAAUAGAGUAGUUCUGAAUACUUCUCAAAGAACCUUAAGUGAAUGUAGUGAUAAGAGGAAGAGGAGUGAAAGCAGUAGUAGUAGGAAAGAGAAAAAGGCACUUAGUACAAGUCAAAUAGCAGAUGCAAUGAGUGUGAUAGUUCAAACAAGAAAGGAAGAAUCUCAAGUGGUCAAGGAAGCAUCAAUUCCUCAAGUCAUGUCUCUAACAAAAAAAAUGGAGGAAGUUGUAGUUGACAAACAUUGGCUUUCUCGAUGCAUGUUACUCUUCAUCUCUCGAGAGGCAAGGGUGAUGUUUUUGACCAUGAAGAAUGAUAGCGAGAUUGUGUUGGAGUGGUUGAGAUAUGAGUGUUAUAAAAAUGGUUGA